UGUAUAUAUAGAUAUAAGUAAAAUUAUUCUCGUUUGAUUACAAAAAAAUACUUAUUUGUUUGAUUCUAACAUUGAUAUAAAACCUAAUGUCUAUUUAUAUUCAUGUCAUAAAAUAAUAAGUGGGCAUUUGAGUCACAAGAAAGUCGAACAUCGAAUAUUAUUGCCCGGUGAAUAUGUACGGCAUUUGUCAGUGAGAAGUUUGAAAUAGUUUUACAUCAAAUUUUGAUAAGAAAUUGUUCACAAUCCAUCACAACGAUGGAUCAAAUGGAAAGAUUUUUACCAUUCACGUUGAAACGAGAUCAGGAAGAGUUUGAUAUUUGGGAUAGCGAUGAUAACACUAGUCUCGAAGAUAUUAACAAUCUCCUUUCAAUUUCAAUACCUUCACUUUCAGCGAACAAAUUUCACAUUCCCACUGAUCCGAAUGAUGAAUUUCUUCGACUGACUACUACGGUUCGUGCUAUAUAUUUUUCCUAUUUACAUAAAUGUUUACUUAGCAAUUACAUCCUUUGUUAUAAGGAGAAGAAUGAAGAGAUUCCGAGUAGUCAGUUGAAAAUGUGUGCAAAUCAAAUGGAAUUACUUGCAGUUCGAUCAUCUUUAGAAACCACUUUAUACAGGCAAAAUAUAUUGAAAUUGAUUUCAGAUGUAAAAUCACAUACAUCAGAGAAAAAAGCCUAUAAAAAAUUGGUGAUAUUUUUGAAAACCACACCAUCUAAGGUAGACAUUGGAGUUCAAACAAUUAAUUCAUGGGUGGAGUUAGAAAGGGCAGAUAACAUUCAAAGUAUAUGUAUCACCUCUAAUUGCGAUGAAUUGUCCUCAACAAAGGAAAUAUUAAAGCAUAAAGAAGAGGAUGAUAUAAAUGGUGAAAAUGAAGACUAUAUGGAUGAUAUAUCUUCUCAGUUGACGGUCUAUAAUAAUACAGCUUCACCUAUUAUCAAUUCUACUAGUCUUAAUGAUAUAGAAAACAAUAAAUUCAAUGAUUUAGAUGAAGAGACAUGCGAUAAAAUAAUAGUAAAUGAAGAAACAAUAAAAGAAGAAGAUAGCAAUAUUUUUAGUUGUAUACAAGAUAAUCCUAAUAUUCAAGUUACAAAUCAAUCCAAUGUCCAAAUUGACGAUGAGAAUUCACAGGAUUCUCUUUUGCAACACAUGGAAGAUAUGUUCUGUGACAGUGAUGAUAGUAGCGAUCUUAUGACAUUAAUUGAGAAACAUUCAGGCGUUACUAAAGCUAAUAUGGAUAAAGAAAUUAAUGCUCUUCUCCCACAUAAUUCUAGUGGUUCUAUUAACACGAUUAAAAGUAAUGACAUAAAGAUUAACUCGGUUAAGAACACUAACAUAAAAACAUCAAAUACAAAUACAGGGAAGUAUAGUUUUAUUUAUUAUAAAGAGAUGAAAACCAGAAAAAGUAAUAAUAAAUCAUCAUCAACAGAAAAUGAGACAACAGAAAACAAGCAAAAACGUAGAAUAAAUAAUAUUUGGCUUGUUGAACGUGUAUAUCAAGAAUCAAAACUAAAGGCAAGAAUGACAGAAUUAUCUUUAAAAGAUUGUAGAAGACAUGGAAGAGUUAAGGAAAAAUUUAUUGAAUUAUUUGGAGAAAGUGAUGAUGAAGAUAUGACAACAGAUUCACCAAUUUGUAUAGAAGAACAUUUAACAGCAUGUAAAGAAAGAAUAGCACCAUGGAUUGUAAAAUACUUAAUGCCGUUCUAUAAGAAACGAAGAAUAAAAAAUAGAGAGCUCUUUAAAGUAGUUGCCAAGCAUAUAGCUGAUAUGCUUAUUAUUGAGAAUACAUUUCCUGAACAAGACUGUGUAAGCAAGUAUAUAGAAACAUACUUCAAAAAUAAAAACUUCAUUAGAACUAAACAGGAUGUAUAUCUAUAAACAUUUGUUACAUAGUUGAAUCUAUUAAAUAAAAGAAACGUCACAGAACAUUUUACAUAACA